UGCAGUUCCUGGGUAGGGAAGUUGUGCGGCGGGGAUCCGAUGGGGUUUACCGCGGCAGUCGGGGUGCGCGCGCUUGCCGGAGUUGGUCCACUGCCCAGGCACCCCCGUCGGCGGCCCCCGGCCCCGCCCGCGUCUCAGGGGCAAAGGGGCGAGCCCCGGCUAGCGGGCUGGGGGAGGGGAGGCCGCAGGGACAAAGGCCGCAGACUCCGCGCUCCGGCCCGCGGGUGCGGCGGCAAACUCGGGGCAGCGGGACCUGGCGGGACGGUCGCACCUCGGGGAGCCUGCGCCGCGCUGGAGCGCCCCGGGACGCCGGCGGGUCCCGCGCAGGCCGAGCCCGCCCGCCCUCCGCCCGCGCCGCCCCCUCCCCCUCCCCACCUCCCCGCGGCUUCUCAGCGCUCGGCGAACAUGGCGGCGGCGGCGGUCGGGCGGGACACUUUACCUGAGCACUGGUCCUAUGGCGUGUGCCGGGAUGGCCGCGUCUUCUUCAUCAACGACCAGCUCCGCCGCACCACCUGGCUGCACCCGCGCACCGGGGAGCCGGUCAACUCGGGCCACAUGAUCCGCUCAGACCUGCCCCGCGGCUGGGAGGAGGGCUUCACGGAGGAGGGCGCCAGCUUCUUCAUCGACCAUAACCAGCAGACCACAGCAUUCAGGCAUCCUGUGACGGGGCAGUUUUCUCCAGAGAAUAGUGAAUUCAUUCUUCAAGAAGAGCCAAAUCCACAUAUGUCAAAGCAAGAGAGAAACCAAAGACCGUCCAGCAUGGUCAGUGAAACGUCCACAGCUGGGACCACUUCCACCCUGGAGGCCAAGCCUGGACCCAAGAUUAUAAAGUCCAGCAAUAAAGUCCACAGUUUUGGGAAGAGGGACCAGGCAAUUCGGAGGAACCCCAAUGUUCCGGUGAUGGUGAGGGGCUGGCUGCACAAGCAGGACAGUUCUGGGAUGAGGCUGUGGAAGAGAAGGUGGUUUGUACUUGCUGACUAUUGCUUGUUUUACUAUAAAGACAGCCGAGAAGAAGCAGUCCUGGGAAGCAUCCCUCUACCCAGCUAUGUGAUCUCACCAGUGGGCCCUGAGGAUCGCAUAAGUCGCAAGUACUCCUUUAAGGCUGUGCACAGAGGGAUGCGAGCUAUCAUCUAUAACAGCUCUGUGGUGGGCUCUCAGGCUGAGCAUUCAGGCAUGAGGACCUACUACUUCAGUGCUGACACCCAGGAAGACAUGAAUGCUUGGGUCAGGGCCAUGAACCAGGCUGCACAGGUGCUGUCUCGAUCAUCACUAAAGAGGGACGUGGAGAAGGUGGAGCGGCAGGCUGUCCCCCAGACCAACCACACAGAGUCCUGUCAUGAAUGUGGCCAUGUGGGACCUGGACACUCAAGAGAUUGUCCUCAUCAUGGCCAUGAUGACUUCUUUGGCUUUGAAAGGCAGGAGCAGGAAACAGAACGGUACCGUUUCCAGAGGGACCCACUGGAGGGCAAGCGGGACAGGAGCAAGGCCAGGUCCCCAUACUCACCAACGGAGGAGGACACCUUGUUCGUGGAUUUACCAGGAGGCCCAAGAGGCCAGCAGGCACAGCCCCAGCGGGCAGAGAAGAACGGCAUGCUCCCUGCCUCAUAUGGCCCAGGAGAACAGAAUGGGACUGUUGGAUACCAGCAGGCGUUUCCUUCCAGGACCAACCCUGAAAAGCAUAGCCAGAGGAAGAACAACCUGGCCCAGGUGGAGCACUGGGCAAAGGCCCAGAAGGCGAAUGGCAGGAGCCUCCCGUCAGACCAGACGCUUCCUCGCCAGGGUCCUGGCCAGUCCCUAUCCUUCCCAGAAAACUACCAGACUCUUCCCAGGAGCACACGACACCCUUCAGGGGGCUCCUCGCCCCCUCCCCGCAACCUGCCGAGUGACUACAAGUAUGCACAGGACCGGGCUAGCCACCUGAAGAUGUCCAGUGAGGAACGCCGAGCACACCGGGAUGGCACCGUGUGGCAGCUGUAUGAGUGGCAGCAGCGCCAGCAGUUCCGGCACGGCAGCCCCACGGCACCCAUCUGCAUGGGCUCCCCGGAGUUCACUGACCAGGGCCGGAGCAGGAGCAUGCUAGAGGUGCCCCGCUCCAUCUCUGUGCCUCCAUCUCCCUCAGACAUCCCUCCCCCGGGACCCCCUAGGGUCUUCCCACCCCGGCAGCCACACGUACCAGCAGAGCGGGUCACUGUGAAGCCGCCAGACCAGAGGAGGAGUGUGGACAUCUCACUGGGGGGUUCUCCCAAGAAGGCUCGGGGCCAUGCUAUCAAGAACGCCUCUCACAUAGACCGCCGCUCCAUGCCCUCCAUUGGUUACAUGACCCACACAGUCAGCGCUCCCAGUUUACAUGGAAAAUCGGCUGACGACACCUACCUCCAGCUGAAGAAAGACCUGGAGUACCUGGAUCUAAAGAUGACAGGCCGAGACAUUCUCAAGGAUCGAAGUCUGAAGCCUGUGAAGAUAGCUGAGAGUGACAUUGACGUCAAACUGAGCAUCUUCUGCGAACAAGACAGAAUCCUGCAGGACUUGGAAGACAAGAUACGAGCCCUCAAGGAGAACAAAGAUCAGCUAGAAUCUGUUCUGGAAGUGUUGCACAGACAGAUGGAACAGUACCGAGACCAACCUCAGCACCUGGAGAAGAUUGCCUACCAGCAGAGGUUGCUGCAGGAGGACCUUGUCCACAUCCGAGCUGAGCUCUCCAGAGAGUCCACUGAGAUGGAAAAUGCUUGGAACGAAUACCUGAAGUUGGAGAGUGAUGUGGAGCAGCUGAAGCAGACUCUACAGGAGCAACACAGGAGAGCCUUUUUUUUCCAGGAGAAAUCGCAGAUACAGAAGGAUCUGUGGAGGAUUGAAGAUGUCAUUGCAGGCCUGAGUACAAAUAAGGAGAACUUCAGAAUCCUAGUAGAAUCAGUCAAAAAUCCGGAAAGAAAGACGGUGCCUUUGUUUCCUCAUCCGCCUGUGCCUUCACUCUUGACUGCUGAGAGCAAGCCACCCCCGCAGCCCAGCCCUCCCACCAGCCCUGUGCGGACCCCUCUGGAGGUUCGACUCUUCCCUCAGCUGCAACCCUACGUGCCCUACCGACCUCACCCACCCCAGCUGAAGAAAGUGACAUCCCCCCUUCAGUCACCAACUAAGAUGAAGCCCAAAGUUGAAGAUGAGGCACCUCCCAGGCCCCCACUCCCCGAACUCUACAGCCCAGAGGACCAGCCCCCGGCCGUACCACCUCUGCCAAGGGAGGCCACCAUCAUCCGGCACACUUCUGUGCGAGGCCUCAAGCGGCAGUCGGAUGAGAGGAAGCGAGACCGGGAGCUGGGGCAGUGUGUGAACGGGGACUCGAGGGUGGAGCUCCGUUCCUAUGUGAGUGAGCCUGAGCUGGCAACCCUCAGUGGAGACAUGGCCCACUCCUCUCUGGGACUUGUGGGCCCUGAGAACAGGUACCAGACGCUGCCAGGCAGAGGUCUUUCGGGGUCCACAUCAAGGCUCCAGCAGUCAUCCACCAUUGCUCCCUACGUCACACUCCGGAGGGGUCUAAAUGCUGAAAGCAGCAAGGUGACCUUUCCUAGGCCCCAGAGUGCCUUGGAGCGCCUGUACUCAGGGGACCACCAGCGGGGCAAAAUGAGCGCGGAAGAGCAGCUUGAGCGCAUGAAGCGACACCAGAAGGCCCUGGUCCGGGAGCGCAAGAGGACACUGAGCCAAGGAGAGAGGACAGGCCUGCCCUCGUCCCGCUACUUCAGCCAGCCACUCCCUGGAGAUAUCGGCUCAUGGAAGCGUGAGCAGGAUUUUGACCUGCAGUUGCUGGAACGGGCCAUGCAAGGGGAAAGGAAGGACAAGGAGGAGAAUGGCUGGUUGAAAGUGCAGGCUGUGCCUGUCACUGAGUUGGACCUGGAACCUCAGGACUAUGACCUGGACAUCAGCAGAGAGCUGUCCAAACCAGACAAGGUCUCCAUCCCUGAGCGUUACGUGGAGCUGGAUCCCGAAGAGCCACCCAGCCUUGAGGAGCUGCAGGCUCGGUAUCGCAAAGCUGAGAAGAUCCGCAAUAUUCUCACCCGGUCAAGCAUGUGCAACCUACAGCCGGCAUCAGGCCAGGACAGGAGCAGUACAGCUGACCUGGACUUACAGCUUCAGGAGCAGGAGCGCAUCAUCAACAUCUCCUAUGCCCUGGCCUCUGAGGCCUCUCAGCGCAGCAAGCAGGUGGCAGCUCAGCAACUGGCCCUCCUCCCGCCUAACGCCCCCCUGUCCUCCAGAACGGUGCCACCUUACCCCCCCUUAGCCAACGGACUCCACUACACCUUUGUCUAACACCUUCCAACCCAGGCAGUGCCCGACCCAUGACCCAUUGUGCAGAAAAGAAGCCUGGAGCCCCGGGACCCAGUGGAACCAGCUUCCUUUGAGGAGAUCGACCUUUCAGCCCCCAAAGAAGCACCUUCCAGCUAAGCAGGGCUCAGCUGGAGGAAGGAACAGCUCACCAGCUGAGGGGUGUUCACCACAGGGCUAGGUCCUAACACUAAUUUUAGUUCAGACUCCUUUUUACAUGUGACAAAGGCACUUUUGAUACACACUGUAAAGUACUGACACUGUAUUUUAGAAUCAGAAUAUAUUUUAUAUGUUCACCUCAAGGGCUGCGUGGCUGGAAAGGUGAGGAUGCAGGAUUUUAUAGUUGCACAUACAGAUUCAGGUACUGUUUGAGUGACCAGUUUGGUUGGGGAGAAGGGCAGUGGGAGCAGAGGCCGAUCCAACUUCCGACAGACUCAGGUGAAGGUUGGAUUUGAGGAUGUGCUACCAGUAGAUUCUAGCGUUAGGCCUGUUGGAGAAGAGCACUGUCUGGAAGAAGAGGGGCCGUUGGCUGCAGUGAGCAGCUGUCCCUGACCUGGUGACCAGUUCUGUGUGAACUCCAGCAGUGUAGUGUGGAGAGCCCAAGUCUGUGCCUUGGCCCUUGGGUUUGGUUUAGAGGAAACUGUGUUCAGGAUCACUGGGCUCCAUGGCCUGCCCACCAAGUUCCCUCAGCAAAGGGCUCUUCUCAGAAAGAAAAAAGUGGUUUGCUUUAAUUAAAAAAAAAAUUCACUUUGAAGUACAGAAAAGGUGAAAGCAACUUUUAUUGUAUUGUAUCAUAGCAAUAAACCCCAUACUGGGUAACAUCUACCUAAAAAUCCGUGAUGAAUGCCUUCCCUCCAGAUAGGCUGUGAUGGGAGCCUUUGCUGCCUACCAGAGAGCCUCCCCAUUCCUGACAGUCUGCCACCAGCAGGGCCACGAUGGCAGGACUUGGACUUGACUCCAGCCCAAAAUGAGGAGAGGGCUACCAAGCCAGGGGCAGAGUUUGUGGACCUUUAUUUAAGACACGUUCUUAUGAUCUUCUUCAUAUAGAAAAUGUUUGAAAGGAAACAACAAAAACCUCCAUUGGGUGGAGCCAUACUUUAAAUGAAAAAUUUGUCUUGACUAUUCUCAGAAAAAAAAAAAAAAGAAUCUUGAAUAUAUUUAGAAGUUGCCGUCUAUUUUUAACUAACUCCAUAUGCUGCCAGUAUCAACUUCAUGACAUUUGCCAAAAUAAAAUUUUAUUUUUGCCUUUAUAAGAUUUUGUUGGAAAAAUGAAAUGAAUAUUUUGCAAGGAAAUGUUAAUUUAAAUAAAAGCGUAAUGGUUUGCAAAAACAAAUGUGAUGUACAGAUUAAAAUAUUAACCUGA